AUGCCGUUCGUGGAGCUGGACACGAACCUGCCCGCUGACCGUGUGCCCGCGGGAUUGGAGAAACGGCUCUGCGCCGCUACCGCCGCCAUCCUGGGCAAACCUGUGGAGCGCGUGAACGUGACCGUGAGGCCGGGCCUGGCCAUGGCCGUGAACGGCUCUACGGAGCCCUGUGCGCAGCUGUUGGUGUCCUCCAUUGGUGUGGUGGGCACAGCCGAGGAGAAUCGCAGUCACAGCGCCCGCUUCUUCGAUGCCCUCACCAAAGAGUUGGCCCUAGACCAGGACCGGAUAAUUAUCCGCUUUUUCCCCCUGGAGCCAUGGCAGAUUGGCAAGAAGGGGACAGUCAUGACUUUCUUAUGA